CGGCAAAGAAUAGCCAUUGUGGACCGCUGUCGUCACCCACACCCUCCUCCAUUCUGAAUCCAGUGCGCAUGGUCUCCGGCUCUUGCUCUUGCUCAUCCCUCCCAUGGCCGGUUUCUAUUUCUGAUGGGUAAUACGUUGCCGUUCCUUCCUUCAUCCAGUGCAAGAGAGGGUCAGAAUGCUGCUCUGUCUCUUGAUCUUAUCUCUCGCUUCUUUCGUCCGGGCAAAGACAGCAAGAGAGCACGUAGUGCAACUUUCGGGUGCCGUCAGAUGGGGAGGCCCAAAACAGCAGCAGCGGCUUGCGUCAUCCGCCGCGGAGCAUGAACCCAGGCUGAUCUGGUCGAGGUUUGUACCCCAAUUAAAGCGGUGGCGGUUGUUGCGGCGUCGGAUCUUAUUGACAUAUUCUUUUUUUUUGUGGCUCGUAUAUUUAUUAACAAUUAUUUGAUUAUACGUUUCCGCUUUGCUUCGUGCCGCGUGUGGUCUCGGCGAUAGCAAUUCCGAUUCCUCGAGGCAAGGCUGCCCUUUUCCCGCACCCCAACCGCUCGUUGCUGUUUCCUCCAUCCUCCCUUGGCAGAUAAUAAAGAGGGAUUAGAGAUUGGAUCGAUCGAUCGGUAUCGAAUGGGUGAGUCGGGUAUGGAUAGGCUUCCCGAGGGCUGCGUCGCCCACGCCAUCGCCCUCACCUCCCCCCGCGACGUCUGCCGCUUCUCCGCCGUCUCCUCCGCCUUCCGCUCCGCCGCCGCCUACGACACCGUCUGGGACCGCUUCCUCCCCUCCGAUUACCGCUCCAUCCUCUCCCGCGCCGUCCGCCCCGUGGUAUGCUCCUCCAAGCGCGACCUCUUCUUCCGCCUCUGCGAUUCCCUCCUCAUCGACGCCGGCAAGAUGAGCUUCUGGUUGGAGAGGUCGAGUGGGGCCAAGUGCUACAUGCUCUCCGCCCGAUCGCUGUCCAUUACGUGGGGAGACACGCCCCAGUACUGGAGGUGGGUUCCUCUGUCCGACUGCAGGUUCUCGGAGGCCGCCGAACUGGUAAACGUGUGCUGGCUGGAGAUCCGUGGCAAGAUCCAAAGUCGCAUGCUUUCUGGGCGGACGACGUACGCUGCCUAUCUCAUCUUCAGACUAGCGGACUGGUCGCGUGGUCUCGGCCACCCACCCCAAGAAGCAUCCGUCACGAUGGGGGUGCAGCAUUCAUCCACCCACGUGGUCCGUCUUCAGCCAAAUGAUUCGCCAUCUCGUGUACGCGCUCGGAGGAACAGGAUCCGGUUCGGGCCUUUGGUGAGGUGGGGCGCGAUGAUGCUGGAGAUUGCAGCGGACCAGGAAGCGGCGGCGGAGGAGGUUGGGGACGCAAGGGACGACGGGUGGAUGGAGGCGGAACUGGGGGAGUUGUACAUCGAUGAGGGAGAGGACGGGGAGGUGGAGAUGAGUUUGAUGGAAGUGAGGGGAGGGCACUGGAAGAAGGGUCUCAUCAUCCAGGGAAUCGAGAUCAGGCCCAAGGCCUAGCCAGCCGCACAGGCGCCCCCCAAGGGCAUGUGAUUCGGGCAUUCCUCGAAUCGCACCAAUACUACGCGAUAGAUAUCUCCCUGUUGCUUCUUUUCCUUUUGGUGAUCGAGUGAUACGGAGAGAGAGUGUGUGUGUUUUGUUUGGCAAAUGCAAGUGCAUCUCUUUCUUGUACGCUGUUUCUAGCAGCUUGUACGUACGUUGUGGAAGCUUCUGGUGUUCUCUUAAAAGACGAGAGAUGAAAUUAGCCAUAGGAAAUUACUGGUGUUGGAGAAUCAUCAGUGAAUCAAGCAAUAAAUGAUUUGAGAAUAGCGAUUACAGUA